UAUCAGUGUUUGGGAAGUGUUCAGCGCUGGUGGCUGUGAGGAGCAGGAAGGGAGCGGGUGGGAGGCGGAAGGAAGAAGCGUUGGGGGCACGGGAGGCCUGCUCCGGAGAUGCUUAGUGCUAACACUAGUUCUAGGCAGCUAUUUACAUUCUAUAUGGGUUUACAUAUUCACCACAGUACUACACCCCAGAGCACCGGCAGCAGUCUGUAAUCACUCCUAUAUAAUAUACACAAUUAAUUUGCCCCUUGUACAUUUUAACAUAAAAGUUGAUUCUUAAUGCAGACAAGCACCAGUGUACCCGGUUCUCAAACGUAUUUGUGUAUUCGCUUUAAUCCAUCUCUAAUGCACUAUGAAGAGAUCACUCCUACAAUAUACACAAGGCUCAAUGCUUAUACCGCCCCUGUGUGCUAUUUCAGCAUGCUGAGGGUUUAUAACGAUGUGCUUAGCUCUGUCUGUGCCCUAUAAUACACAUGUAAGUUUGCGGUGUAUGUAGUAAAGUUUGGAGUUCAAAAUGGGUCUGUCAGUGCCAUUGCGCAGACAGGCGCUGUGUAUUUUUAUACUGCUGUCCUUGAUACACUUGUGUCCCGGCCUGGCUAGUGAUUCCACUCAGCCCUCACACUCUGGACUCCUGAAUCCGGAUAGUGUACCUCCAGGCAUUACACACUCUCCCGAGGAUGACGUGGUCAACGGCCACUCUCAUGUCGCUAAUGGAAAUGAUAGUCACGGUGCAAAAGGCCACGGGAAGCGCAAAUUAUUCCCAGUACUGGAUUUUGAUUAUGACCAUGUUCAAGCACCAUUUGAGAUUGGCCUAUGGAUUCUACUGGCAUGUCUGAUGAAAUUGGGUUUCCAUGUGAUUCCCACCUUGUCUAAUGUUGUUCCUGAGAGCUGCCUGCUGAUUGUUGUUGGCCUUUUGGUUGGUGGUCUUAUUAAGGUAGUGGGUGAAACUCCCCCAGUCCUUCAGGCCAAUGUCUUUUUCUUGUUUUUGCUGCCCCCUAUUAUCCUGGAUGCUGGUUACUUCUUGCCAUUACGAUCCUUUACAGAGAAUCUAGGCACCAUCUUGAUGUUUGCUGUGAUAGGCACCCUAUGGAAUACAUUUUUCAUGGGGUCUCUGCUGUUUGCUGUGUGUCAGGUUGGCGGAGGAGAACUGACAUCAGUGGGCCUCCUAGCAAACUUGCUAUUUGGCAGCAUCAUCUCAGCAGUGGACCCCGUGGCAGUACUGGCUGUAUUUGAGGAGAUUCACAUCAAUGAGUUGGUUCACAUCCUGGUGUUUGGAGAGUCAUUACUUAAUGACGCUGUCACAGUGGUCCUGUAUCACUUAUUUGAAGAGUUUUCCAAUCUGGACCAAGUCACUAUUAGGGAUAUUUUCCUUGGGUUUCUAAGUUUCUUCGUGGUGGCUCUUGGAGGCGUGUUUGUAGGACUGGUAUAUGGGAUAAUUGCAGCUUUCACCUCCCGCUUUACCUCCCACAUUCGAGUCAUUGAACCACUGUUUGUAUUUCUAUACAGUUACAUGGCUUAUCUGUCUGCAGAACUCUUCCACCUGUCUGGCAUCAUGGCGCUUAUUUCUUCUGGGGUAGUUAUGAGACCCUAUGUUGAGGCCAAUAUCUCUCACAAAUCUCACACUACCAUCAAGUACUUUUUGAAGAUGUGGAGCAGUGUAAGCGAAACCCUCAUAUUUAUCUUCCUAGGGGUCUCAACAGUGGCUGGACCCCAUGCCUGGAACUGGACCUACGUCAUCAGCACUCUUAUCUUCUGUCUCAUCGCACGUGUGCUGGGGGUACUCGGUCUGACGUGGUUUAUAAACAAGUUCCGCAUUGUGAAGCUAACGUCUAAGGACCAGUUCAUCAUUGCAUACGGUGGUCUACGAGGUGCCAUUGCCUUCUCACUGGGAUAUUUGCUGCCAUCUGACCAUUUACCCCGGGAUAUGUUCCUUACUGCAAUUAUCACAGUUAUUUUCUUCACAGUUUUUGUGCAGGGAAUGACAAUCCGCCCUCUGGUUGAACUAUUGGCUGUAAAGAAGAAACAGGAGACCAAACGUUCAAUCAAUGAGGAGAUCCACACUCAGUUUCUUGAUCACCUUCUAACUGGUAUUGAGGAUAUCUGUGGGCACUAUGGUCAUCACCACUGGAAGGAUAAGUUGAACCGUUUCAAUAAGAUGUAUGUGAAGAAAUGCCUUAUUGCUGGAGAGAGAUCUACAGAGCCACAGCUCAUUGCGUUCUACCAUAAGAUGGAGAUGAAGCAGGCAAUAGAGCUGGUGGAGAGCGGGGGCAUUGGGAAGAUCCCCUCAACUGUGUCUACUGUGUCCAUGCAGAACAUUCAACCAAAGCUAAAAGAAAGAAUAAUCCCAAGUCUUUCCAAAGUUAAAGAGGAGGAGAUUCGUAAGAUCUUGCGCACUAAUUUGCAGAAGACCCGACAAAGGCUACGUUCCUACAAUCGGCAUACUUUGAUGGCAGACCCUUAUGAAGAGGCCUUCAGCCAGAUUCUGCUCCGCAAACAGAAAGCACAUAACAUGGAGCAGCGGGUGACACAUUUCCUGACUGUUCCUGCCCAUAAGCUGGAUUCUCCAACUCUAACAAGAGCUCGUGUGGGUUCAGACCCUGUUGCUUACGAGCCCAAGCCUUAUUCUAAAGAACUACCAUUGAUCACCAUAGACCCAGCAUCCCCAGAAUCUGUUGAUAUAGUCGACGAGACCCAAGACGAGGAUGACGAGGAUGGAGAGAAUGGAAUCACAAUGACUGUUCGUGCCCCUUCUCCUGGGGCAGAUGAUGUGUUCAGCCCCAGCGAAAGCCCUAGCACUCAGAAGUUGCAGAGAUGUCUGAGUGAUCCUGGGCCCCAGCCUGAGGAGGAGGAGGAGGACCAACCCUUCUUGCCUAAAAAGGAUUGAUCUCAUUACGUUCUUGGUCUCAUGGAGACACAGGCAUAAAUGAGGGACAUACUUUCUUCUAGCAUUCAUAGGUGGACAUUUGCAGCAUUGCUUGAGGAAAAAGGGUCCCAUUAGAAGUGGACCUGUUAUUGUUCUCCCUUUCAUUCCCAUAUUUUUUUUUAAUUUUAUUUCUAACCAAAAGAAUAUUUCAUUAUACAUAUAUAUUUUUCUUUAUACCUCCAUUUUAUUAUUUUUUCUUUUUUUUUAUAUGGUGGCGGGACGGCCCCUAUGAUUGUAUAUACACAUAAAUUUGAACACACAAUUUUUUAUCUCCAACGUGCAAAUGUUGUGCUCUUUUUCAUGCAUUAUCGCCCUUACUGUGUUUAUUUUGUAACUUUAUCCCUAUAUCCAUGCUUUACCAGUACGUAGGUGCCAAGCAGGUUAUAGGUCUCAAAUUUUCCGCUUCUUGUUCAGUUAAUGCAGGUAUUUUCAUACUUAAAUAUACUCUGACAUGAAUGUGCAGAGCAGAGGUUUAAAUCCUUAUUUAUCCUGCCAGACACUCCAAGGUGGUGCAGUGUAUUUUAAAACGUUUUUUUCUGCUGAUAUUAAAACAAUAUACUUAAUGAA